AUGAGGAUACAACCGCUUUUUGUUUUGCUUAAUGCUGCAACCGUCGUCUGGUCGCUCUCAUAUGAAUCUUUAAGGGUUUUACAGGUGGGAGAGGAUAAAGUAAUAGAAGUUCCAGAAUCAGAAAAGCUAAACCUGCGGAGAAGAGGUGUGAAAUUCUUUGAUGUGACACGACACACUUCCUCGCUACCUUUUUUUAAUAAAGAAGAAGAACCGAUAGUACCACAGUACAAUUAUCCGGCUGCGAUAUCGAACAAAGAAGUCGUGGACGGUUUGAUUGAAAGCAUAGACAAGGACUCUAUGUACACGAACUUGGCAAAGUUCACAAGUUUUUACACCCGUUACUACAAAUCUGAUUGUGGGUUUGAAUCUGCCGAAUGGUUAGCUGCAACUAUCUCCAAUAUUACGCAGGAUGUUCCGCAAGAUAUUUUAAGUAUUGUACACUUUGACCAUAAAGAAUGGAAGCAAUACUCCAUUAUAGUUCGAAUCGCAGGAUCCACAACACCAGAGGAUAUUAUUGUAAUUGGUUCUCAUCAAGAUUCUAUCAAUCUGUUACUACCAUCUAUAAUGGCAGCUCCAGGUGCAGACGACAAUGGGUCAGGAACAGUAACCAAUCUGGAAGCACUAAGACUAUACACCGAAAAGUUUUUAAAGGCUGGACUCAGACCUAACAAUACAGUAGAAUUUCAUUUCUACUCCGCUGAAGAAGGUGGGUUGUUGGGUUCUCUCGAUGUUUUUACAGACUAUGCCAAGCAAGGAAAACAAGUGAGAGCGAUGCUUCAACAAGACAUGACGGGAUAUGUAUCUGAUCCAGAGGAUGAACAUGUGGGCAUUGUGACCGACUACACUGCUCCUGCGCUGAACGAUUUCUUGAAACUAGUUGUUGAUUCUUAUCUAUCCAUUCCCUACAGGAAUACAAAAUGUGGCUAUGCUUGUAGUGAUCAUGGAAGUGCAACCAGAAACGGAUUCCCAGGUUCCUUUGUGAUUGAAAGCGAACUCAAAAAGACAAACAAGUAUAUUCAUAGUACCAUGGAUACUUUAGAUAGAUUAAGUUUCGUUCAUAUGGCGGAGCACACAAAAAUUGUAUUGGGAGUGAUCAUUGAACUCGGUUCGUGGUCAGCUUGGUAA